CGGAAAAGAAAUUUCGAAACAAGCGGGUGCUGAGUGAACAUAUUUCCUGAAUGAAAAUUUAUAAUUGGACGGCUCCAACGAAUGGACCUCGCGGCGAUUUCCUUUCAUUCGGGACAGGAGGGGAGAGGCGGCAGCACUUUCGGUUUCAUUUCUGCAAAGGUUUCCGUCGCAACUCGUUGCGCACGGUCUAUGCGGCAGUCGCAGGAAAGGUUCCUCGAUUCCUGGCCGACUACCCUAUCCUUUCACCGCCUUCACCGCCACCUGUACAAGCCAACCGAGACUGGACUUGGACGGGAAUGGGACCAGCGAAAGACCGUAGGCUGAAUUAAAAAGGAAUGGAAUCGACAGAAGGCGGGAGGGAAAGAAGUCAGAGGGGAAGACGGUUCUGAGCGGUGUCGCGAGUGACUGUUUCGAGCUCACGUUUGCGUUCGGUGCGCGGGCACUUAAAUGUGAAACGGGAAGUUCGAGAUUACCACGAACAUCCGCCGAUCAGCGUGGCACGCGUAGUACGAGCCAGAAUAAUAGCGGUGCUACGUUAUCGUCGUCUUUUCGCAAUUCACAACGGAACAGAGAACAAUAUCUUUUCAACGUUUUUGAAGUGAUAGUAUCAACUUUGGAAUCCAAACUACAGCGAAUUGAAAAUUUAGACAAGGCGGUGGAGCAUCUGAUGAGAAGAGUUGAAGCUCUAGAUUCACGUGUAAAUGAUAAUAUCGACAAGACGGAUGCGGUUAUUACGAAACUGAGAACGCUAGAUCUGAAACUCUUCAAUGCAUAUCCGAUUAUGUCAUCGGAAGCCGUUCACGCGGCAAGAGUUACUGAAAAUAAGAGUGGAAGUUAUACCGAAGUUCCGAGGAUACGAGUGAUUCAUCAUGAUCGUAACGAACGCACUCCACCAGAAACAUUAGGCGAAAAAUUAGUAUCUUUGGAUCAGAAGGUUUCCGAUAUCGAUCAUAAACUAAUUAAUCUUAAAAAUCAACUUGACAAUAAUUUCUUACAAAAUGACGAUAUAAAUGCUGAGGCAAGUGAAAAGAAGCCUGUUAGUAUGAGCGUAAUUGAGAUUACUAAAGCUAUGAGUAACGAAGUAAUGAAUCAUAUGACGAUCGAAAUCGAGAAUCUUAGGCAGGCAACAGGUAGUAUGGACCGGAAACUUCAGUUUCAUAUGAAUUUGGUGUCCGACAAUCUCGGAGCAGUUUAUAAUAUGCUUUCCGACGUGCAUGAGGCUAUCGUUGAUAAAAAUUCCGGAAGCGAUCGACAAAUUCUUAACUUGACAACAACCGAAGCUCCGAUAAAGCAGAGUAAAAUCGAUCGUCUCGUUGAACAAAUAUAUCCGAUGCUUACUGUUUCUGAAAAAAUGGAUGAGGUGUGGAAUGUAGUAAUGGGGACUAAAAACUCAGUGGACGAUCUAUUACCAAAGUCCGACGAAUUACUUACUCAAACACAAAGACAGGAAAGAGCAAUUAACGAGAUUCAUGCAGAUUUAAGAUCAAAAACAAAUAAGAUCAUCGAAAAUUUAGAGGGCGUCGAAAGUCGUUUAAGGAAGCAAGAAGAUGAUGUAGCCACUCUUUCACAACGCCCAAUACCAGCCGAAUUAUUACUGGAUCCAACGAUCGAUCGACUUGUCGAAUACGAUCCAAGCAGAUAUAUCAGUGUAACAGAAGAUUUUGCAACGGAGGUACCCACAACAUCUAUGCUGCCCACCGCCACACCGCCUUUGUCAACAACGACGUCAAUGUCAUCAGUCGCUUCGCCUUCAAAUAAUCCUACUAGUUCCACAACUCCUAUGAUGGCGACGUUGUCCAGUACCCCCAGACCUAAUAGUAGAAAUCGCGGAGUCAUCUUCCCGAGUGUGAAGAACAAACCGAGUCUAGCGAAUUCCAGCUUUACAAACGAUAUAUUAGUCAACUACAAAGAUGUUAAGGGUUAUUCUUGCGUGGAUUUAUUAAACGCUGGAAUGAGAGAUAAUGGAGUUUAUUAUCUUCAAAUACGUGGCACGACAUAUUGGUUCCUUAAAGUCUAUUGCGAACAGGAAAUCGCCGAUGGUGGUUGGACAGUUAUUCAAAGAAGAGAUGAUUUUGGAGAACCAAGAGAAAAUUUUAAUAGAGACUGGGCGGAUUAUAAAAAUGGAUUUGGAGAUCCUGCUAAAGAAUUUUGGUUAGGCAAUGAAAACAUAUAUAUGUUGACAAAUAACGAAGAUUAUAUGCUCAGAGUUGAACUUGAAGACUUCGAAGGUAACAAAAGGUAUGCUCAAUAUUCACAUUUCAAGAUUUAUUCAGAAGGAGAAUAUUACAAAUUGGAAAUAGACGGUUAUGAAGGAAAUGCUGGAGAUUCAUUAAAUGAUCCUUGGUACGGAUCAAACAACAGUCCGUUUUCCACAUAUAAUAGAGAUAACGAUAGAUCAUCGUUAAACUGUGCUUCGAUGCUUAAAGGUGGCUGGUGGUGGAAGUCUUGUGGACGUGGUUUGAAUGGCCUUUAUCUGAACGAUCCACAGGAUCUUACCGCACGGCAAGGUAUCGUAUGGUUCCGCUGGAGAGGUUGGGAUUAUACUCUGAAACGUGCAUUAAUGAUGAUUAAACCAAAAGGUCUAACUACAACAAUGACAACAACAGUAGUGUAAACAAUGUAAUUGUGUACAAUCUAAAACAUUAAUUUAGUUGAAAUUUUUUACAAUUGAAUAACAAUACAACACAAUAAAAUUACAAUAAACAAAUAAUGUUGCACAUAGUAUUUGAAACACUGCAAAAAUACACGGAUGCCAUUACUAUGAACUCAAAAUACUUUGUCGCAAUUAUUCUUCACCUGCUUCUUCUGCUAAAUUGAUAAUUAAUUUAGAUGUAUUUAUAACAUAAAUCUUGUUUGUACCUGGCAUAUUAAAGAAGAUUAUAAUAUUUAAUGAAAACAAAUUUUUAAUAUGAUCUUGUGUUUUUACAUAAACGUUCUUAUGUUAGAUUUACAAGUUUUAUUUUGUUUUUCUCUUUAAGGAGAUAAAAUGCUAUAUUAAAUAAAUUCUCUCUUUUCCUCCCUCUUUCUUCUCCAUCUUCAGUUCUUCCAUUCUGUUCUUUCCUCUUAUCACCCAUCACCCUUCGCAUUCUAUCCUUUUUUCAUUCUC